CAGCAUUCCCAAAAGCUUGACCUGCAGCAGAGGAGGAGAUCCUGGAUGUUCCCUGGAUCCCUGGAGGGACUGAGCUUGCUUGGCUGGGAGGCUGCGGGGAGGUGCAUCGGGACACCCCCAGCGCUGAGUGGGAGCCCCAACCGGAGCCGUGACACCUUCAAAGCGAAAAGGGGACGUGAGGUGGCACCCAGGUGGCUCCAGGUUUGCCUCCAGUUCAGCAAGAUGACCUUCCUCCAGUGUGAAGACGACUGCUACUCCCCCUGCAGCUACGGGGGCCUCUACGGCUACCGGGGCUACGACGGCGGCAGCUCCUGCGGCUACCGCGGCUACUACGGCGGCCUCUACGGCUACCGCGGCCUCUCCGGCUUCGGCGACCGCUACGGCUGCGGGAGCCUCUACGGCUACCGGGGCAUUUAUGGCUCUGGGGACUGCUACGGCUAUGGGGGUCUCUAUAGGGGCUUCUACGGCUCUGGGGACUGCUGUGGAUACCCCGGUUUUUACUCGGGCCGCUACGGUUACCCCUACCGCUACGGCCAAAGGUUCGGCUACGGCGGGUGCUACAGCUGCUAAAC